AUCUUUAAAUAAAGUUUUUUUUUCAAGAUUUUUGAAAAACCCUCUAAAUAUUUUUUCAAUACUGAUCUAUCUCAUUCCUUAUGGCCUCCACAUUUUUAGCCGUUCCACUAAAGAAGACAAAAGAAGUCGAUGUAACAAAUUCUCUUAAAAACUUUAUUUCAUCCAAUAUCAGUACAAUUGACAAUCCAGAAGAUUGUACACAUGAAAUUGGAGAAUUCAACAAACUAAGGAAUAAUGCUGUUUGCAGGAAUUUAGAUAAAAAUGAGGGCUCUUUAGAAAUUCUCUACAGGUAUUAUGAUCAACUGGAUGUUAUGGACACGAAAAUGCCAUUUGAUGAAACACAUGUCCCACAAGCUUUUAAGUGGAAAUCAGCUUUUGAAUCAUCAUCUCUUUUCAAUUUCAAAUCAUCCCUAACUAUGGUGAAUGGUCAAUUCGAGAAAGCGUGCGUACUUUUCAAUAUAGGCGCGAUGCAGAGCCAGGUGGCAUGUUCCCAAAAUCUGGACCAGGACAACAACCUAAAAACGGCCGUCAAAUAUUUCCAAAUAUCUAGCGGUACCUUCAAUUAUCUCAAGGAUCAGUAUAUCUCAAACGGUAAAGUUCAGAACGAAUCGCUGACGCCGGAUCUCUCGAUCGAAUGUUUAAGCGGUCUCUCCGCGCUUAUGCUGGCUCAGGGCCAAGAAAUAUUCCUUAAAAAGGCCAAAGAUGACAAUAAGAAACCUUUGAUUCUGGCCAAAUUAGCUCAACAAUGCGCUGACCUCUACAGCGAAGCCUUGAAAUUUAUGAACUCCCCCAACUUAAAGGGGUUCUGGGAAAAGGAUUGGAUACCGACUGUCACUUGCAAACAAAGCUUUCUCACAGCUUUAGCUCAAUACUUCAUGAUGCAGGAAGCCAAGAACGAAAAGAAAUUUGGCGAAGAACUCAGCCGAAUUAGUUAUGCCUUGGAUAGCCUAAAACAAGCCCAGAAACAAGCGCCCACCUCCCAAUACAUGAACUCUAUCCUGGAAAAGUUUUACUCGGACCCGGACCUCCUCCGAGCGAUGGAGGUCGCCCACCAGAAAUCGCUCAAAGAAAACGAUUUUAUUUACCACGAGAGGAUCUUGAGGCCGGGGGAGCUCGCGCCAAUUCAAAAAGCCGUCAUUGCCAAACCCAUAGAACCCACUUUCCCGCUAUCCGGAAAAACGGAGUUUAGAGAUUUGUUCCAGAAAAUAGUACCCAUACCCGUGAAUCAAGCCUUGGUCGUUUACGAGACACGGAAAUCGGAUUUGGUGAAUACCAACAUCUCCAAAUUGCGUCAAGCUACCCAAAAUUUGAACGGGUUUUUGGUAGCGUUGAAUCUUCCCGCCUCAUUGGAAGAUAUAGUUGCCCCGGACCUCCCCGGCCGGGCCGGAUCCAAAGCUGCUAAGGAAUUCAAAAAGAUUCCCAAAUCAUUGCUCACCAAGAGCAACGCCAUCAAAAAGUUGGGAGGGAUGAGCGCGUGUACCCUAACCAUGGACAAUUUGCCACAGUUGCUUUCCCGGAACAAAGAAAUACUCAUUGAAGCUAUCCGUAUCCUGGACGAAGAGAAGGCCUCCGAUAUUCAACUGAAAACCCAAUUUGGUGCUAGGUGGGUGCGAACUCCGUCCGAAAAACUUCAAGCGCCGCUGAGGGAAGAAUCGCGCAAAUAUAAUCAGAUUAUAGAAGCAGCUAUCCAAGCCGAUGAGAUCGUCAAGAGUAAAUUCGAACAGCAUAGGAAUAUCAUGGAAUUAUUAUGCGGUCCUGAGACCGAACUAGCCAAAUCCAUACCAUCUAGCAUAGGUGCUCUAAGCAGUGACCUGCCUGUCAUCAAGGAACUCAAGGAGUUAAUGGAAAAGGUAGAGACGAUCAAGGCCGAACGUCAAACGAUAGAGUUCGAAUUUCAGCACAAAACCUCGGAUGCCCAAAACAGCUCCGACAUUAUAAAUCAAAAAUUUAUGAAGGUUUACUCCACCCAGGGAAAAAUAAACGAAAAAGAUAUUUCGGACGACAUAUUGCGCAAAACGUUUGGCGAAUUGGAACAACAGGCGCUUUCUAGCAUCAGGAGUCAAGACGAUUUGAUGGAACUGAUUCAAGUUGCCAACAUGAUCUUCGUACAGGAAAAAAGCAAAGAUCCCAGCUUCGACGCCAAAAGGAGGGACAAAUUUUUGCAAGAACUCGCUUCCGCCUACGAUACCUUCAUGGAGAUUUGCGCGAAUUUGAAAGAAGGGAGCAAGUUUUACAAUGACCUGACCCCGAUCCUUCUGAAAUUCCAGAACAAGUGCAGCGAUCUGUGCUUCGCCCGCAAAACGGAAAGGGAUGAGCUUAUAAAGGAUAUGCAGGAUAACAUUGUGAGCCAGCCAGCCCAUAGUUAUGUUUCUCCCUAUGGCACCGAUUCUGGCACAAAUAUCAAUAUCCCUAAAGGACCACCAAGACCUCCACCUCCAGCUUUUACGGGGAACCCUAACCCUAUUCAAACAAGUCAAGCCCCUAAUUUUUAUUCCGGCAAUUUUCAACCCAUUCAACCUCAACAGGCUAACCAGCUUAACAUGAUGCCUCUCAUGCCUUCCGCCUACAAUCCCUACAUGAAUUAUUAUCAGCAGCAAACGUACCCCGUCAAUUAUCCAUAUGCGCCAAACCCAAUUCUCCCGUAUCCCGCCAUGCAAACAAAUUUUCCUUCCGCUCCGCCAUCUAAUCAGUUUCCACCUUUACAGCAACAGCAUCAACAACAACCCAAUCAACAUAAUUAUUGAUUUGGUUAUAUCGCCUUUUCUAAAUUAUUUUAUUUUCAUACAGAAAAAUCAUUUUAAUCUAGUAACUCCCUAUCUCCAAUUACCAAUAGAUUUUAUUUUCUCACGUGAUAAAGGCUUUUAUUUUUAUUAUUCAUUUUUCAAAUUUGCGCAAAAAAAAAUUAUAUUUAUUCAAUUUAAAUAUAAUUUUUAGAAAAUUUAAAUUUUUAUCUCUCUCGUAAAAAAAAAGAAUUUCUUCAAAUUAUCUUACAGUCGCAGACGAUAUAUUCCACAUUCCAAAUUCGUAUAAUUCUAUGAUUUCAUUUUAUAAAUUUUUUUUUAAAGGUCCGCAGCUGAUUCUAUUAUUUGUUAGCAAUACUGAUAAAGGUACAUCUGUCCAUAAGUUUUUAUUUGUUUUGGGCAAUUAUGUCUUGAAACAUUUAUUGAUUACAUAAAAGAAAAUGAGCUAUAAAAAAAAGACUCACUAUUUCUUUUUUUAUUUUAUUUAGUACUUUUCUAUAGGAGUUAAAUAUAAUUUUUACACAUUUUUUUUGACAACUUUUGACAAUAUGUAUAAAUUUCAUAAACUUUAUUUUUUUGCCUUUAUGACGUGGAUCCUUUUUAGCAUCCAUCUUUAAAAUAAAAGUUAUUUUUAUAACCAAUCAAAAAAAACUCGUAAAGAGGAGAAGACGCGUCUCAUUUAUUAAAUAUCAUACAACUUACACAUUUAAAAUUAUCCGCCAUUUGUAAUAUAUAUAAUUUUUUAAAUCAAGAUCGCUUCAUUAUUUUACAUUUAUUUUACAUUUAUUUUAUUAUAUUCCUUGCCUUAAUUUAUGAUAAUGUGAUGACC